AUGUCUGGAGAAAAGAUCUACGAGGGCAUUUUCGCCGUCCACAAGCCCCAAGGCGUCACCUCCGCCGAUGUCAUCCGUACCCUUCAACAUCACUUCAACCCCUCAAAGCUCUUCAAGCCGUGGCUAGAAACUGAGCGCGAACGUCGAAACCGCGAGAGCCAGUACCAGCGCAGACGGCGCCGCACGCAACGUCUCGAUGUCAAAAUCGGUCAUGGAGGAACACUCGAUCCUCUGGCAACCGGUGUGCUAGUCACCGCCGUGGGCAAAGGCACAAAACAGCUCCCUGAUUUUUUAGGAUGUACCAAGACUUACGAAACGAUUGUACUUUUUGGAGCCGAGACAGACACUUACGACCGAUUGGGGAAGAUUGUCCGACGGGCUCCGUAUAAACAUGUUACCCGCGAAGCAGUUGAGAAGGCACUGGAGCAGUUCCGAGGGAAGAUUAUGCAACGCCCACCUAUCUUCUCGGCUUUGAAGGUCAAGGGUAAACCGCUUUAUGAGUACGCUCGCGAGGGCAAGGAGCCGCCGAUUGAGAUCAAGGAGAGACCUGUGGAGGUGACGGAUCUGCGCAUUCUUGAGUGGUACGAGCCUGGCACGCAUGACUUCAAGUGGCCUGAGCAAGAGGCCGCUGCUGAGGAGAAGGCAGUCGCUGAGAAGCUCCUCGCGAAAGAUGAUGCUCUGCCUGUUGCGCCGCCUGCGGAGGCUGCAGGGUCAGCCGAGAAGACAGUAGAGCAGGAUGCUUCAUCGGCCAAACGCAAAACACCCCCACCUGUGGAAAGUCUCAAGGCGGAUGAAGACGAAGCGCCAGCCUCAACGGUGAAUGACAAUUCUUCAUCCGCAAAGAAGCAGAAGGUGUCUGCUGAGGGCCAAGCGGUGCCGGCACAGGCUGAGCAAUCAUCGUCAGAUGCCCCAGAUGUGGUGGAAGAUAAAUCUGAUGCUUCAUCGCAGAAAGCCGAAUCUACCCCUCCGCCCCGUUCUGCUGCCGUUAAGAUUAUCAUGACCGUCUCGUCAGGUUUCUAUGUUCGCUCAUUGGCGCAUGACUUAGGAAAGGCCGUUGGCAGCUGUGCUCUUAUGAGUGAACUGGUUCGAACACGCCAGGCACAUUUUGAACUUGGUUCUGAGAAAGUACUUGAGUACCGUGAUUUAGAGGCUGGGGAAGAAGUGUGGGGGCCUAAAGUACAGCAGUUUCUAGAACAGUGGGAGAAGAAGAGGGCGACUGAGGAAAAUGCCGAUCAAAAUUAA